GGCCGCGCCCCGCCGCGCUCUCGCGAUAGCAGGGCCGCGGGCGGCGGCUCGCGCGCGGCCGUAACGGCGGUACCGGCGGUAACGGCUGUAACGGCCGUGGCGGCGGUGGGUAGCGCACGUGACAGCAGGAAGAAUCAGAGUAAAACUUAAUAGUCAUGGCAGCACGCUGGAGGAGAGUCCUGAUAAUAUUUGUGGCAGCUCAAGUACUAUUUGUGGUAAAGACCUUUGAGGAAGAGGAUGUACCUGAAGAAUGGCUUCUUCUUCAUGUUGUUCAAGGUCAGAUUGGAGCGGGAAACUACAGCUACUUGAGACUAAAUCACGAGGGAAAGAUAGUACUUCAGAUGCGGAGUUUAAAAGGUGAUGCGGAUUUGUAUGUAUCUGAUGUAACUCUUCACCCCAGCUUUGAUGAGUACGAGUUACAGUCCGUAACUUGUGGCCAAGAUGUUGUCCACGUACCAGCACACUUCCGCCGCCCAGUGGGAAUAGGGAUUUAUGGUCACCCCUCUCACCUGGAGAGUGAGUUUGAAAUGAAGGUCUACUACGAUCGAACAGUUGUACAGUAUCCUUUUGGCGAGGCUUCUUACAACCCAGAGGAGAUGGAAGCAAACCAGAAAUACUCACACACCACAGAAGAUGAAUCUCAGGAUGAAGAAUCUGUUUUCUGGACUAUACUUAUUGGAAUCUUGAAAUUAAUACUUGAAAUUCUUUUUUAAAUUCAUAUACACUAGACUAAAUCAAAUUUCAGCCUGUGAAAUUGAACAUGAAUAACUUUCUGUAAUAUUUAAUACUCUUUGUUGUGUUUCCUGAACCAGAAAGAAAGUAGGGGGGUGAGGGGGGAAAAAGCCAUAUUUAAUUUUAUAUUGUAAAAUCCUGCCCUACAUGUAAAAUGAGCAGCAAGCACAGUAUUUGCAGCAUUCAACUUUAGAGAUCAGGGCUUAAAGAUGAAUGUAGAGUUGGGAAUCUCUAAACAGGUGCUUAGGAAAAAAAUCAGCUCUAAUCCUUUUUUUCUAUCAUUAUUUUACAAAAAGCAAAAUACAAACAGCUGCACUUCAGUGCCCCCUCUCAAUCUCAAUCAUAUUUUAAGAUAAAAUCUAUUCUUUCUCUGCCAGGUAUCUGCAGUAGAACUAAUUCGCAGUGGCUUUGGAGUGCAGUCAAGCUGAGGAGCCUAGGGUGAAGGAAAGAAAAACCAAACAAUCACCUAAGGGGACAGAUGGUCUGUAUUUUGACUGCUUGUGCUCUACAUCCCAUCAACCAUCUGUAAGCAGAGGCCUGUCCGGUCACUCAGCACCUCCGCAAAUCCAUGACCAGAAUCGAGUACACGAUACUUCAAUAUUACUAUAGGGAGAGGAAGCCUUCAGCUGUUGUUACUUGUCAAUAUGACAUUCUAAUUCCUCAUUAAAGGCAAUGCAGUAUAUAGGA